GAGCCAUGGCUGAGGAGCUGGGGGCUGCAGUGGAGCUCAGCGGGCUGCCCCCAGGCGUCAGCGACGAGCUGCUCACGCUGUACUUUGAGAACGGCCGGCGCUCCGGGGGCGGCCCCGUGCUGAGCUGGCAGAGACUUGGCCGCGGGGGUGUGCUCACUUUCCAGAAGAGAGCAGAUGCAUCCAGGGUCUUGGCCCAGGAGCACCGUCUGUGUGGUGUGCUGCUGAGCCUGCGGUCCGCACCCCCACGAGCCCCUGCCCGCCUGCUGCUCCAAGGACUGCCCCCUGGCAUCGCACCCCAGCGACUGGAACAGUAUGUGCAGGCCCUGCUGCAGGCUGCGGGGCUCCCGGGCCAGCCUUGCCAUGCCCUGGACAGCCCGCGCCCUGACCGCGCUCUGGUCCAACUAUCUCAGCCCCUCGAGGAGGCAGACAUCUGUGUCCUGGAGGAGCAAGCCAGCACGCUGGCCCUUGAGGGGGCAUCGGUAUCUCUGGCCCGGGUGCCGCAGGCCCGCGCGGUACGUGUGGUGGGGGACACAUCACCCGAGGAGCAGCCGCUCCUGGAGCUGUAUCUGGAGAACCAGCGGCGCAGUGGAGGGGGCACCCUGGAGGGCCUGCACAGCCUGCAGGGAUGUGGUGGCACUGUGGCCACCUUCCAGCAGUGGCAGGUGGCUGAGCGGGUGCUGCGGCAGGAACACCGGCUGCAUGGCAGGGAGCUGCACCUUGUGCCCCACUACGAUGUCCUGGAGCCCGAGGGGCCGGCCGAGGACAGCAACGGAGGGACCCUGGACCCUGAUCUCCCAGGGACACCGGAAGGUGCAGGGACAGUGAUGGUGGGCUCCGAGGAGGUGGCACGGCCCACCAGAACUGCUGUGCCCACAGAGUCUGCAGAGCGCGUCGGCCAGGCAAGGCCCAGGGGGACCCCACUGCGGGUAGGGCCCGGGAGCCCAGCGGGACAGACGGGGGCCCACCCAGGGUUUCACGCGCAAGGACAGGGGCCCGGGGCUGUGGAGUGGCCAAGCCCUGCGGCCCAGGUGGAAAAGGUGCUGUCCAUGGAGCCCGGAGCGCUGCGCUUCCUGCAGCUGCACCACGCCGACCUGCUGGCAGGCCUGGGGGAUGUGAGCCUCGUUCCGCUGGAGGGCUCCGAAGUGACUGGCUUUCGGCUCUGUGGCGCCCCAGCCCCAUGCCAGGCGGCUGAGGAGUUCCUGCAGAGCCUGCUGGGCACUGUGAGCUGCCACACGCUGAGCCUGGCACACCCAGGCAGUGCCCACUUCCUGCUGAGCACCGAUGGCCAGAGCCUGCUCCAGGACCUGGAGACUCGGUUCCAGUGUGUGUUUGUGACAGAGCGUCUGGCCCUGGCCACCAUGGGCACCCAGCCUUCUGAGGUGGACCCCACCGAGACCUUUUCCCACACAGCAUGGACCAUGAACGGCACAGGCAGUGACCAAGAGGAAGUGAGCCUGGAGGAAGUCCGGGAGCUACUGGCCACGCUUGGGGGCCAGGAUGGGGAGGACUGCUUCCCUCUGGAGCCAGGGGACGAGCAGCCCCAGGAAGAGGAGCAGCCGGCAUCCCUGCAUGAGGCGCCCGCGGCUCCGGGCCCCGGGGCUGGCCUGGAGGAGGCCGCGGCCCUGCAGCUGGCCCUGCACCGCUCCCUGGGGCCGCCUGGCCAGGAGGCCGCGCGGGAGGAGGCGCAGGCACUGCAGCAAGCCCUGGCCCUGUCCCUGCUGGAGACGCCCACGCUGGAGGCAGAGGUGCGCCAGGCUGGAGGCCCAGAGGGCAGCGCCCAGCUGGAUGUCCACGUGCCCUUCGAGCAGGAUGUGGAUGCACUACAUCGGGCCUUGGAGGCUGCCCUGGAGACACAGCUCCGGGAGGAGACGGUGGGGCCCUCAGCCCACCCACUGCCGGCAGAGCUCUGGGGGCGCCUGGAGCAGCGCCACGGCGUGACUGUGGUCCACUAUGGCGACCGCACCGUCCUCCGUGGCUUUGGGGAGCAGCCUGCCAGGGCAGCCCGCCACUUAGCAGCGCUGCUGGCUGGCCCCGGUCAUCAGAGUCUGGCCAGCGUGGCUGUGGCUUCCAACCCCACUCAGCCACAGCCACAGCUGAAGACACCCUUGGGUAGGCUGGAGAGUGUGGCCGAAGGCAGUGGGGAGUUCCACGAGGUGGUGCAGGCCUUCUACGACACCCUGGACACUGCCCCCAGCAGCAUCCGUGUGGUCAAGGUGGAGCGCGUGAGCCACCCGCUGCUGCAGCACCAGUACGAGCUGCACCGAGAGCAGCUGGAGCAGCGCUGUGAGCGCCGGCCGCUGGAGCACGUCCUGUACCACGGCACGUCGGCGACUGCGGUCGCCGACAUCUGCACCCACGGCUUCAACCGCAGCUUCUGCGGCCGCAACGGCACGCUCUACGGCCAGGGUGUGUACUUCGCCAGGCGCGCCUCCCUGUCGGUCCAGGACCGCUACUCGCCGCCGGACGCUGACGGCCACAAGGCGGUGUUCGUGGCGCGGGUCCUGACCGGCGACUACGCGCAGGGCUGCCGCGGGCUGCGGGCGCCCCCUCUGCGAGACCCCAGCGGGGCCGAGCCCCUGCGCUUCGACAGCGCCGUGGACUGCCUGCGCCAGCCCAGCAUCUUCGUCAUCUUCCACGACACGCAGGCGCUGCCCACCCACCUCAUCACCUGCCGGCACCUGCCCUCGGAUUCAGGGGGCCCCACCCCAGCCACCUAAUCCCGGACGCCCCGUACAGCGGGGCUGGGUGGAGUGUGGGCCCGCGACCACCAGAGGUCAGCAGAGCCCCGGAAUCGGACUCCCCGCCCCCAGGCCC